GAGGCGCGAAGAGGGCGCGAGGGUGGCAGCCGGAGGGAGCCGCUGCAGCUGCAGCCCCUGCCCGCCAGUGGCGCCGCGGGGCGCAUGGGACGCUUCGAGUCGGGAUCGCGCGCGGUAUCCGUGCCCAGCCUCCUGCUGCGGUGAGAAGCCGCGCCGGGACGUCCCCCAGACCCUGAGCUGACGGGAGAAUGACCAUGGCCGGGGGCAGGAGAGGGCUAGUGGCCCCUCAAAACACGUUUUUGGAGAAUAUUGUCCGGCGGUCCAAUGAUACUAAUUUUGUGUUGGGCAAUGCCCAGAUAGUGGACUGGCCUAUCGUGUACAGCAAUGAUGGAUUUUGCAAACUGUCUGGCUACCACAGGGCAGAAGUGAUGCAAAAAAGCAGUACCUGCAGUUUUAUGUAUGGGGAGCUGACUGAUAAAGACACAAUUGAAAAGGUGCGGCAGACGUUUGAGAACUAUGAGAUGAAUUCCUUUGAAAUUUUGAUGUACAAGAAGAACAGAACACCUGUGUGGUUCUUUGUGAAAAUUGCUCCAAUUCGAAACGAACAGGAUAAAGUGGUUUUAUUUCUUUGCACUUUCAGUGACAUAACAGCUUUCAAACAGCCAAUUGAGGAUGAUUCAUGUAAAGGCUGGGGCAAGUUUGCACGGCUGACCAGAGCACUGACCAGCAGCAGGGGCGUCCUGCAGCAGCUGGCUCCCAGUGUGCAAAAAGGCGAGAACGUCCACAAACACUCCCGUCUGGCAGAGGUCCUGCAGCUGGGCUCAGACAUCCUUCCCCAAUACAAGCAAGAGGCACCAAAAACUCCCCCUCACAUCAUCUUACAUUACUGUGUUUUUAAGACCACGUGGGAUUGGAUCAUCUUGAUCUUAACCUUCUACACAGCCAUCUUGGUCCCUUACAAUGUGUCCUUUAAAACCAGGCAAAACAACGUGGCCUGGCUAGUUGUGGAUAGCAUCGUGGAUGUCAUCUUCUUGGUGGACAUUGUGCUGAAUUUUCAUACCACCUUUGUUGGACCAGCUGGGGAGGUGAUUUCUGACCCCAAACUCAUUCGUAUGAAUUACCUGAAGACAUGGUUUGUGAUUGACCUUCUGUCCUGUUUGCCAUAUGAUGUCAUCAACGCUUUUGAGAACGUGGAUGAGGUUAGUGCCUUUAUGGGUGAUCCAGGGAAGAUUGGUUUUGCUGAUCAGAUUCCACCACCACUGGAGGGGAGAGAGAGUCAGGGCAUCAGCAGCCUGUUCAGCUCCUUGAAAGUUGUCCGGCUGCUCCGCCUGGGGCGAGUGGCCCGGAAGCUGGACCACUACAUUGAAUACGGAGCUGCUGUCCUGGUCCUGCUGGUGUGUGUGUUUGGGUUGGCUGCUCACUGGAUGGCCUGCAUCUGGUACAGCAUCGGGGACUAUGAGAUCUUUGAUGAGGAUACCAAGACUAUUCGCAACAACAGCUGGCUCUACCAACUUGCAAUGGACAUUGGCACUCCUUAUCAGUUUAAUGGCUCUGGCUCAGGGAAGUGGGAAGGUGGUCCCAGCAAGAAUUCCGUCUACAUCUCUUCAUUAUAUUUCACCAUGACUAGCCUCACUAGUGUGGGCUUUGGGAACAUCGCCCCAUCCACAGACAUUGAGAAGAUCUUUGCGGUGGCCAUCAUGAUGAUUGGCUCACUUCUCUAUGCCACCAUCUUUGGGAACGUGACCACCAUUUUCCAGCAGAUGUAUGCCAACACCAACAGGUACCAUGAGAUGCUCAACAGUGUUCGGGACUUCCUGAAACUCUACCAGGUGCCAAAAGGAUUGAGCGAGCGAGUCAUGGAUUAUAUUGUUUCCACCUGGUCCAUGUCCCGAGGCAUUGACACAGAGAAGGUCCUACAGAUCUGCCCCAAGGACAUGAGAGCUGACAUCUGUGUGCACCUGAACCGCAAGGUGUUCAAGGAGCACCCGGCCUUCCGAUUGGCCAGUGACGGCUGCCUGCGGGCACUGGCCAUGGAAUUUCAGACUGUGCACUGCGCCCCAGGGGACCUCAUCUACCACGCAGGAGAGAGCGUCGACAGCCUCUGCUUUGUGGUCUCCGGCUCCCUUGAGGUGAUCCAGGAUGACGAGGUGGUGGCCAUCCUAGGGAAGGGAGACGUGUUUGGAGAUGUGUUCUGGAAGGAAGCCACACUUGCCCAGUCCUGUGCCAACGUUAGGGCCUUGACCUACUGUGACCUGCAUGUAAUCAAACGGGACGCCUUGCAGAAAGUACUGGAAUUCUACACGGCCUUCUCCCAUUCCUUCUCCCGGAACCUCAUUCUCACCUACAACUUGAGGAAGAGGAUUGUGUUCCGAAAGAUCAGUGAUGUGAAACGGGAAGAGGAAGAGCGGAUGAAGCGGAAAAAUGAGGCGCCCCUGAUCUUGCCCCCGGACCACCCUGUCCGGCGACUCUUCCAGAGGUUCCGGCAGCAGAAAGAAGCAAGGCUGGCCGCAGAGAGAGGCGGCCGGGACCUGGAUGAUCUGGACGUGGAGAAGGGCAGUGUCCUCACAGAGCAUGCCUCGGCCAACCACAGCAUCAUGAAGGCCAGCGUCGUCACGGUCAGGGAGAGCCCAGCCACGCCUGUCUCCUUCCAGUUGGCUGCAACCUCGGGAGUGCCAGACCAUGCCAAGCUGCACGCACUGGGGUCAGAGUGCCCAGGCCUCAAGGGGAGUGGGGGCGACUGUGCCAAACGCAAAGGUUGGGCCCGCUUCAAAGAUACUUGUGGGAAGGGUGAGGACUGGAACAAGGUCUCCAAGGCAGAAUCGAUGGAGACACUCCCUGAGAGGACAAAGGCAUCAGGGGAGGCCACGCUGAAGAAGACGGACUCCUGCGACAGCGGCAUCACCAAGAGCGACUUGCGUCUGGACAACGUCAGCGAGGCCAGGAGUCCCCAGGACCGGAGCCCCAUCUUGGCAGAGGUCAAGCAUUCUUUCUACCCUAUCCCCGAGCAGACACUGCAGGCCACAGUCCUGGAGGUGAAACACGAGCUAAAGGAGGACAUCAAGGCUUUGAAUACCAAAAUGACAAAUAUUGAGAAACAGCUUUCUGAGAUACUCAGGAUAUUAACUUCAAGAAGAUCCUCUCAGUCUCCUCAGGAGCUGUUUGAAAUUUCGAGGCCCCAGUCCCCAGAGUCAGAGAGAGACAUUUUUGGAGCAAGCUGAGAGGUGCCGACUCCAGCAGUGUGUGCUGCCAUCCCAUAUGCCCACGACGGCUCCUCCACUGGGUAUGAUGAGUAUCGAAAGAAAGGAAAGAGAGGCAGUCAUGUGGUUGAAAAGUCCCAGUCUAGGGCUCAAUUCUGGUAUCUCCACCUUCUCCCACCUCCUUCCCUCACACUGACCCCUCCCCACUCCCAGCUUGGUUCUUUCUAUGACUGUUCUUUAUUCCCUUGGACUCAGACUGAUUCUGAGGGCAAAGAGCCUGUAGCUAGGAGUAGGCAACCAGUGGUUUUAAAAAACUGAUGCUGUAAUGUGGGCCCAAGUGUUUAAAAGCUGUGCCAAUUUCAGCAGCCCUCCAACAAACUUUUGGAAAUAAGAUUUCUUGCUUUGUUUUAUUCUUGUUAUCCAAUUCCUGGGGCCUGUUUUACCCUCCACCUCCUUGAUCAUCUUUGCUAUUGCUGGCCAGACAACGGGGCCGUUCCUGGAAUCCUCCUCUUUCAGAAGUAGCUGGGCAUGGGGUAAAAAUGUAUUCUACCACAUCAUCCCACCCAGCAGUCUUGCACUCCCAAAUCCUUAAGUGGAAGGUGAAGGUAUAGAGGCAACUUAUUUUGCUGUCCAUGCCUGUGUGGACUAAGUGAAAGUAGAAAUAGCAGGUGUAGGAAGAUCCUCAUCUCCCCUUGUUGCACUGAUCACCAUAUCUCACCAUUUCUCAUAUUCAGACAUUUUAGGAGCCUGGUAGAAAUACAAAUUGCCGAUAGGCAUUUGAUUAAUAUAUUGAACAAUGUUUUGCAAAAGAGAUGUUUAACCUUAAGGUCCUGAAGUGAACUCCAACUGUGAAGGAUCUGACAAGGCUCCUUCCUUUAUUCUCCCUCCUCACAUUGUAUUGCUUAAAGAGGAGGCCCACUGAGGGCACCCUCAAGCUUCAGGACGGCCUCUCUGUCAGUAAAUCAUUUUUAUUGCUCCAUAUACUGCCUUGUUGCUUGCUUCAGUAAAAACGACCUUCACCAGCUCCUUUGCCCUCCAAAUGGAGACUUCACUGUCCUCUCAACAUCCACUGCAACCACCAGAGAAAGCACCCAGUUUUUUCACUGAAGGUGUUCACAUUAAGAAGAGUUUUAAUUUCUGCACCUCACAGUGCAAAAUAAUGUGAAUUUACCUUCAGCUUAAAAUUAGUUUCAAAUGAAACUUCACUGUAAUGUGAGCAUAACAGACUUAUUCUGGAACCUCUAGAACUGGACUUAAAUCCCUUGCAGGUGACAGACCUGGUGGGGGCCCUUCCUGCCCCGCCAUUAAACUCUUGUCUUAGAGCUUACGUCUCUUCUUGAUCUGUGACUUCUGAGUCAUCAAAGGGAUCCACUAGUUGUUCAAUGAGAAGUUCACAGCUCUUGUAUCAGGACAUGAACUGAUUUUGUGUUAAGAAGGAUGCAACUCCUAAUGAAUGUAUUCUCUUAAUAUUCAGAUGCUGUAUUUGUGCAUCAGCUGGAGACUGUCCACAUCCGAUAUUUAGCUGACCCUGCAAGGACUUUUAUUCAUGAGCAAUUCAUUCUGGGGCUUCUCCUGAUAUUAACACUCUUUCCAUUGAGUUUCACCAAAUCUUUUAUUGGGUUUUUCUUUUUCCUUUGCAUCUGUCACUUUGUCCAAAUGAGCAUGAAAUAACAGAAGUGCAAAUGAGCUGAUACUAUUUUUAUGGUCAGCUGAGAAUGCUGCCAGGAACUCCACUGUAUGUCUGGCUUGGGAAUGUUAAGAGGAAUAUGCAGGCCCCUCCACUGAUGAUAUUCCCAUCUCAACAUUUUUAAACAAGCACAAAUGAUAUUUGUAAAAAAAAA